AUGCAGCGGUGGAGGAAGUCUCCCCCGCAAGAUGAACCAGCCUCCAUCACUGCCAUACAUGACGCGCUGGAGAAUAGUACUGCUCGCCUCGACGUCAGUCGAACACCGAAUGUUACUGAUUAUGCCCGCACUGAAUCCAAAGCCAGCUUGGGCAGUGGCGAGAGCAGUUCAUCUAUACAGUCGGCAAACUCAGUGUGGUCAGCAGCAUCAGACACGUCAAGAGGUCGACGGAACGAAUCAAGUUUACUUGAUCGCACCAGGCGGGGAAGAGUGUUUAAGAAACGCGCAGCCGCCGCUUCCAAGAAAGACGAUCGCCCCUUCAAAUGCACAUUCUGCUGCGAUAGCUUCAAGACUAAGUAUGAUUGGGCUCGGCACGAGAAAUCGAGGCACCUUAACCUGGAGUCGUGGAUUUGCGCACCGCGGGGAGGUUCGGUCAUGUCUACAGUGACUGGCAGACCUCAUUGUGCGUACUGCAGCAAGGUAGACCCGUCAGAAGAACAUCUUGAUGGUCACAACCAUAAAGCAUGCUACGACCGACCGAUAGAAGCACGAUCAUUUGGAAGGAAAGACCAUCUUGUUCAACACCUCCGCAUUAUGCACAAACUAGACAUAAUGCCUCGAUUCGAUGGAUGGAAGGCUGAAGCUGUGCGGAUCUCUUCUCGAUGCGGGUUCUGUGACGUGGAAUUCAUGACCUGGAACAAACGCGUUGACCAUCUCGCCAACCACUUUCGCCAUGGUGCAAUGAUGAAAGACUGGAAGGGAGAACACGGAUUCAGUCCAACAACUGCGCAGCAGGUCGCGCAUGCCCUGCCUCCCUACCUCAUAGGUUCAGAGUCGCUGAGUGUUGUCCCAUUUUCAGUCACGAAUCAGAGCACCAGAGACCAUUUUGCUCAGCUAUCGUCUCGUACACUUGAGUCACAACAAGAAAAUGGAAAGAAGACCGCUGCAAUAGAUACUGCGACGUCUUGA